GUCGUCAACAGCACAAGCAGAUAUACUGUAAUGAACUAGCAUCGCUGAGAACAGAACAGCCCCCAGUUGCUUCGCCUCACUCGGCUCGUACAAGGCCCGCUUGCCUACAGCGUGCCUUGUGCCUUGUGCCUCGUGCCCUCGUGCCCUCGUGCCCGUGUACAUCUUGUCCCGACUCGCGCCUGUGGCUGGUCGACUCGGUGAGGGGCCGACAUCCAGCAUCCAGCAUCCAGCGCCCACCGCCCACCGCCCACCGCCCGUCGCCAUCGCCCUGUCCCAGACGGCUCAUAUGGUCCGGAAGGCAGCUGCUCACAGUGCUGCUGGCCAAGCCUUGGUCUCCGACGCGGCCUGACCCUGCCUGACGUGGUGUGCCGCUCCUUGCAGUCGCCAUGGAUCCCAACGUCCAGCGCGCUCUGAACGACAAGCUCUACGACAAGCGCAAGGUUGGCGCCCUCGAGCUCGAACGCGUCAUCCGUGAGUUGGUCGCCGCCAAGGACUACUCCAGGGUCACGGCUGUUCUUGACCAGCUGUGCAACGAGUAUGCCUACGCGGUCCACCAGCCUCAUGCCCGUAACGGCGGCCUGAUCGGCCUGGCAGCCGCCGCCAUCGCCCUUGGCCCCGAGCUGCCACGCUACCUCGAGGUCAUUGUCCCGCCCGUGCUGGCCUGCUUCACCGACCAGGACGCGCGCGUUAGGUAUUACGCCUGCGAGGCCAUGUACAACAUCGCCAAGGUCGCCAAGGGCGAGAUCCUCAAGUACUUCAACCACAUCUUCGACGCCCUGUGCAAGCUGGGCGCCGACUCGGAGCUGUCCGUCAAGAACGGCGCCGAGCUGCUGGACCGCCUCAUCAAGGACAUCGUCUCCGAGUCCGCCGCCACCUAUGUCAGCGUCCUCGAGCUCCCAGACACAAAAGGCCCCGGCGGCGGCGACGAGAUCAGCAACGAUAAGGACAUUGUCGACGACCCGCCCGACCUGCCCACCGCCUUCUCCUUGAGGCAGUUCGUCCCGCUGCUCAAGGAUCGUAGCUACACCAUCAACCCCUUCACCCGCACAUUCCUCGUUGGCUGGAUCAUCCUGCUCGACUCCAUACCCGACCUUGAGCUGGUCACGUACUUGCCCGAGUUCCUCGGCAGCCUUCUCAAGUUCCUGAGCGACCCCAACCGGGACGUACACCAGGCCACCCAGGCCUGCCUAGACAAGUUCCUCAACGAGAUCAAGCGCAUCGCCCGGAUAAAGAAGGGCAUCGCCGACAGCAAGAAGUCAAAGGGCGACGGGAAGAGGAAGCGUGAGGAGUCGGUUGACAGUGGCAGCGUCCAGGCGGGCCUCGAGGAGGGCGACGAGGUCGCCUCCACCCUGGCCGCCGAGGAGGACGAGACCAGCAGUGAGGAUGACUGGGUCCCGGGCCAGGACGUCCAGAUCAACUACAAGGCUGUCCUGGAGAUAUUGACAAACUUCCUCGACCAGUCCAACACGGCAGCAGCCCCCAGACCAGGUGAGCGCACAGCGUCGGCAGCCACGACGGACGAGGACGGCUUGCUCGAGUCCUUGAAAUGGAUCGUCGAAUUCCUGGACAUCUGCCCCGAAGAGGUCUUGCCUUUCACGCCAAAGAUCCUGGCCCAUCUGCUGCCCGCCAUGGCCAGCGGCGUCGAGUCGAUCCGCCUGGCAGCCGCAAGGGUCAACAAUGCGCUGAUGAACUACGUCGUCUCUCUCUCGGACGAGCCAGAGCUGUAUCUGUCGAACCACCCCUCACGAGCCGGGGUUGCAAAUGAGCACCAGGAUGGGGCGUCUAGCAACCGCGCCUCCCUCUCCAACUCGCGGGAGCUCGAUACCCGGAGCCCGACUCCCAACCUGAACAAGGCGCAGUCGCCCGCCGAGGGGACCCCAAGGGGUCCAACCCCCGCGCCGUCGCACCACCCGCAGGCGGACCUGGACUACGCAGCCGCCGUCAAUUCUCUGACCCUGCUGUUCCUGAACGACCACGAGGCCACUCGCGUCGCGGCACUGACAUGGCUGAUCAUGCUCCACAGGAAAGCACCGCGGAAGGUGCUCGCCUUCAACGAUGGGACCUUCCCGGCCCUGCUCAAGACACUUUCUGACCCGGCCGAGGCAGUGGUGACCAAGGACCUGCAGCUCCUGUCCCAGAUAUCUAGGAACAGCGAGGACAGCUACUUCACCAACUUCAUGGUCAGCCUUCUCCAGCUCUUCUCCACGGAUCGGCGACUGCUCGAGACCAGGGGCAAUCUCAUCAUCCGGCAGCUCUGCGUCAGCCUGAGUGCAGAGCGCAUCUACCGCACCUUGGCCGAUUGCAUCGAGAAGGAAGAAGACGUCGAGUUCGCCAGCAUCAUGGUCCAGAACCUCAACAACAACCUCAUCACGGCCCCGGAGCUCUCCGAGCUGCGAAAGAGGCUGCGGAACCUCGAAUCCAGGGACGGGCAGACGUUCUUUGUUGCUCUCUUCAGGUCGUGGUGUCACAACGCCGUUGCGACGUUCUCUCUAUGCUUGUUAGCACAAGCCUACGAGCAGGCAUACAACCUGCUUCAGAUCUUUGCCGAGCUGGAGAUGACGGUCAACAUCCUCAUCCAGAUCGAUAAGCUGGUCCAGCUACUCGAGUCGCCCGUCUUCACGUACCUCCGACUUCAGCUACUGGAACCGGAGAAAUACCCCCACUUGUACAAAUGUCUCUACGGACUACUGAUGCUCUUGCCCCAAUCAUCGGCCUUCGCGGCGCUCAAGAAUAGGUUGAACAGCGUCAGCUCUAUAGGAUACCUCCACAUCGCACCAAGACCGUAUGUUCCAACGAAUGCGCCUCUCUCACACUCUCGAAAAGGGUCUGUGGUGGAGGCGAUUCAUUCUCUUCAAACCCCCUCCUCCCGUUCGAACUUCAGUUCAGGAUUUGAUACUCAUGCUGCACCUCUCAGUAACGCCGCGACACCAAGUUCGGCGUCGUUCGACAGGCCGAACAGGCUCAAGGGCCGGGAAGAAGGCAUCAUCCGCUGGGCCGAGCUCCUCGAGAAGUUCCGCAGCGUGCAGGAGCGCGCGAGGCGGGCGCAGAGGCUUGGGGGUGACCGGGAUGACCAGCCGACCUUGGGUGUAGGGGAUCUGCGCAUCCUGGACGCGGCCGAGAUGGCUCCUCCCAAGACCGUGGUGGGCCGCGCAGCGGCUGGGCCGCCUGUUCCCGUGAAGGACAGCCCUGUACCCACGCCGCCGGCUGCUAAGCCCAAGUCCGGCCUCGGUAGGCAGUUCGGGAGGUUGGGGGCUUCGGUGUCGGGAAGGGGGAAGAGGGGUCCCCAGUAAUUAGUGUACUGACUGGUUGUCAUGGCCGAGCCGACGUGCCAGAUCUUGGAAUGACGUAUGUGGGCUGGUUCGCCCGUAGCCGUGGGACUUGUACUGCAUAAAGAGUCGGGUGACAACACCCUGAGCGCAUCAUUAUCCAUUCACCUUGCCUUCCGCGGAGUCUCCCUCUCCACAAGCCCCUCGAAAACGGCGUCCCGCCGCCCCGUGAUAGUGCGCAGCUCGUCCCGAAGCCGGUCAAGCUGCUGACGAGCACGAUCCACGUCUGCCGGCAAGCCCUCAAACUCGCCGACCUGCUGGUCUAGGCGGCGCCGGAUGUCGAGAGACUCCAGGUACCUUGCCUCUUCCUCGCCGACCUGCUGAAUGGUUGGUUCGGGCACGCCGACCGUGCGUGCCAGAGAUGCCAGUUUGCUCUGCAUUUCGGGUAGCCUCUUGGACAUGGCCUUGAGCUUGCGCUGUAGGUCGAGGUUGUGCCGUGCCAGGUCGGCCGGGGCCCGGUACUCGUCGCCGCGGACGUCCUCGAGCAGCUCGUCCAGGCUGGCGGAUUCGGCCUUGACCAUGCCCUGGAGGGUCUCGACGCGGGAAGCAGCUUGUUCCAGGUCAAAGAGCCUCAUCUGGAGGUCGAGCAUGGCCCGCGCUAGCGAUGCUGGCUCCGGGUACGCGAUGCCUAGGUGGCCAGCAGAAGAGGCCAUUGCGUCCAGGGCUGUCUUUCCUUCGGUGCUAAGGUUGUCUUCCAGGGCGCCGUAGAAUUCAUUCCUGAAGGAGGCGAGGUCUACCGGUGCCCGGUCGCCCUCAUCGGCCGCUUCUUGCUUUGCACCCCUGGCUGCGUGGAUAUCCCGGAGUGCCGCGGCGUCAACCUGGCUGAUCAGGUGCCGGUUCUCGUCCGACGUCUCGUUGAGUGUAGCCAGGGCGAGAAGGGCCUUGAGUGUCUCCGGAUUGCGUUCAAAUUGGGGCACAGUGCGGCCGUUGUACUUGGCAGCAAGCCAGCGGUCGACGUAGUUCCAGUCCUUUGCCGUUGACGCGGCGAUGCGUGCGACUGUUGGUGAGAAUAUGGCAGCGUCUGGCGGGAGCUGGGCCAUGGCUACUUGUCUGAAGCUGCCCUUUGGGUGAGGUGAGAAUUGUUUUGCUUGUAAGAAGCAGAUGCGAGCGCAUCAGGCUCCCAAGGCAGAGAGAGGGAGG